AUGCUGAAUGACCCCACUAUGUUGCAACAAAUGUCAAGCAAUCCUAUGCUUUUAAACCGAGUUGUUGGUGCACAGAGUGGAGGUUUAAGAGCGGCACUUUUAGCGAAAAUGGCAGGCUAUGGUGGAGCUGCAGACGGAACAGCCUAUAACCCUCAAAGUCAAAUGAAUUUGAGUUCACUCAAAAAUCAAAUAACAGAUGUCAAAAAGUCAAACAUAGACAUACAGAAGCAAAUAAGUGAAAACGAAAAGAAACUAGAAUAUGACAGACACACAAAGAAACUCAAUGAGUUAAACGUAGAGAAAAAGAAGAAAGAAGAACAACUGAAAGAACUAAGUACAGAGGAAUAUGCGAAAAAAGUGUCAGAAAAAGCAGCAGAAGUAGCAAAAAUGGAACAAGAUGUCAUAAAUUUGAAAAACCAUACUACUCAAUAUAAAAUACUGAAAGAUGAAGAGAUAAAACAAAAAGCCCUGAAGACAUAUAUGGAUAGCGAUGAGUAUAAAAAAGAAGUUGAAGCAAAUGUAAAGGCAGAAAAACUUUUACAGUUGCAAAACCAAACCGUACAGUAUGAAAACUUAGCACAAGAAAGUAAAAAUAACGACGCGGCUAUGCAAAAGGCAAUGAAAAGCGCAGAAUAUAUAAAAGCUAACAAUGACUGGUUAGAUGCCCAAGCCAACGCUAAAGCAGCCCAGCUUAUAGGGUCAAUAAGGACAAAAAUACAAGCGGAUGAAGACAGUUCAAAUGAAGCUUUAACAAAUGCUGACUUUAAGAACGCUUUCGAAGCUCUUCAUAGUAAGGUGAAACAAGUGAACGACUUCUCAUCUGGAAAGAAACUGAAGUCUGAAGGUUUCGACAAAGAGUUAAAAGAA